AGUACCCGGAUGUUUCUAUUAGCAACCUAGCAAACGAAAAUGGCGGAGUCACCAGCGACAAUAGAUGAUGAUAAAGAUGUUGAUGUCGAUCCUCUGAAUGAUUUUUCAGACGAGCAACUAUACCAUCAUGUAGAGGAAACUAUGAAAGAAAAUGAGGUUUUACAAACAGAGACUCAAAUGUUUGAGAAAUAUCUCAAAAGAAAUGAGCCAAAAGACACCCUGGGGCUCCCUAGUCCUGGCAUGCCCAGUGGGGUAACACCAUCAGGUUCACAGCAGGAAGUGGGGAGGGGCGUUGGUAGAAAGAGGUCAAAAUCUCGAACCAGCAACAUCAACACAUCUCUCAGACUUACAACAGAACAAAAAUGUGACAUUGCACAGAAAGAAAUUGAUGAUCUCAAAGAUGAGAUUGAACAGCUUAAAGAAAACUGUGAGAAAGUUCUUGAUACAUAUAAGGCCAUUAUGGAAGAGGCUGAUCUUCGGUUGGCAGAGACGAAAAAAGAAAGUUAUGAAUUUGAAAGAGAUAUAGUAAAAGGUGCUAUGAAUCCCCGAACUGGAAAAGUUAUAGCUGAGAAGGUCAUCAGAUAUCUGGAUGAGAAAAACAGAUCCAGGGACACACUGAUUGAAAAGCUUCGUCUGAAAAAUUCUACGUUAAAAGUCCAGAAAAAGAAACUAGAUUUACAGCUAAAACAGAAAGAAGAAAUGGGUGAAGUCUUACACAAGGUGGACUUUGAUCAGUUGGAGAUUGAGAAUAAACAGUAUUUAGAGAAAAUAGAUCAGAGGAACACAGAUUUACUGGCCCUGAAGUUAAUGUCAACCAGAACAAAUGGUGUUCUUAUCAAAUACAAGAAAAAAUUACACACAUUAACUAAAGAGUCAGAAAGGCUGAAGUCAGAAAUCGGGUCCAGGAACGAUCUGCUCUCAAGGAUUGACUCCGAAACUGAAGUUGUGGAACAGGAAAGAGCAAAGGCCGAGAAGAUAAACAGGAAGCUCCGCCAACAGUUAACAGAUUUCCGAGUCCCAGAAGUGAUGGAGUAUGUAACAGAAAAGGCUGACUUGUAUGAACUGCAGAAAAAAGUCAAGAGUUGGGAAAGAAAAGUAGAAAUUGCUGAGAUGUCUUUGAAGACCCAUCGUAAAACUUGGAACCAGAUGCAGAUGGGGAGUCAGAUGGAGAGCCAAUGGAGGAUGAUGGAGGCGGGGGCCUUGUGAGUAGGAGGGGGCGUGUCUGUUAUCUACAUUUAAUCAUCUCCCCCGUCCUUUUCUUGGUGUAUCAGUGCUGAGGGACAAAGUUUGUACAGGUUGUUAAGAGAAACAGAAUCUUAUUUUGACUAUACAUGGAAAAAAGGUAUUAACUUGUUGAAAUUUUUACUGAUGUACAGUGUACAUUACAUGUAUAUUAUAAGUGAAGAUAACUACCUUUGCUUUGUUAAUUGUACUUGAUGGGUACUCAUAUGUAAACUGUAUAUAAUGUAAACUGUGAUAUGUCAUUUUGUUUUAUCAAUUUAUUCUAACAUGUAAGUGAUUGGCCAGAGGAAAACAUGUACAAAGCUUUAUUGUAAUGUUUUAUUGAAAUAUAAAAAAAAUGUAAACAAUCAAAGAUUUACUGCUGUGCAGAUAUUUUACAAUGAAAUGAAUUUUAAUGGUUUAAUAUAUUUAUCUGUGCACACAGUUCCUCUUUUUCAUUCUUUGUUUAAAAUCAGCUGGAAAACCACUUGGAAUUGUAAUGUAUGUACUUAAACUGUACUUAAAUAUAUAUAAAACUACAAAAAACAA